GGAAAAAGGAAGAAGAACUGGACUCUGUUUUCUUUUUUUGCUGUGAAACUAAACAACGACCACAAUGUUUUUCUUUGUGUUCAUUUCCUUGUUAAUUCUUCAGAACUCUGAGUCUCAGCAACUAGUUGGGCCAAAAGAGGUGACAGGAUUAGUGGACGGAUCAGUGACUAUCAAAUGCUUCUAUUCUACUUUGACAAAAGCCAAUAAGUAUGAACGAAAGUUCUUUUGUCGGGAAGGAGGACGUCGUAGAAGCUGUGACACCAUUGUAUCCACCAACAAUUACGUGGCAGAAGACUUCAAAGGCCGUGCAACAAUAAUUGACAAUAACAAUGAGGGUUCCAUCACGGUGGAGAUUUCUGGGCUGCAACUAAGCAAUAUAGGCACCUAUCGAUGUGGCAUUGGCAGCGUUACCAACGGCCUUACUGCAGUGAUCAGCUUGGCUGUAACUCAAGAUUCAACCAUUCCAGCAGGGGCACAACUUGUUUAUGGUCAGUUGAGGAGCACAGUGACAUUUUUGUGUGACAUCGGUGACCAAUAUGCAUCCCUUAGGAAGUACCUGUGUAGGAUUGGCAAAAGUGGCUGUACAAACAUUGUUGAUAGUACAGGGAACAUGGCAGCCGAAUACCAAGGAAGAAUCAUGUUGAGCAGUGGAAGGGAGGCAGGGAGUUUCACUGUCAAACUUAUUCAGUUAAGAAAGGAAGACUCUGGACUCUAUUCAUGCGGAUUUGGAAACUAUGGAGGAGGUGGAGACUCAACUGUUUUUGAUCUAAGGAUUAACGAAGAAACUGAUAUUCUACAGGGAUCCAGAGUACUGACUACUAGUUUGGGAGGAUCAAUAUCUGCUCAGUGUAACUACAAUCCAAAAAAAAAUUAUACCAUCAAGUUCUGGUGCAAGUGGGGAGACACCAGCUGUGACCCAAUCAUAAAGACAGAUGGGUUUGUCCAGGACACAUUUGAAGGAAGAAUAGUAAUUCAUGAUGACCCAGCAAAUGGAACUAUGCAGGUUCUAAUGAAUCAGUUGACAAAGGAAGAUGCUGGAUGGUACUGGUGUGUGUUGACGGAUGGUGGAAAUGACCAGACAUCUACUGUGCAGGUUGAAAUUGUAGAAGGGAAUUCUGAUAGAUUGGCAGGAAAUAAAACAUUCUUUGUACCAGCUGGAAAACAAGCCCGGAUCCCCUGCUCUUAUCCAUGCAAGUACACCUCCUACCAGAAGUACUGGUGCAAGUGGAGCAAUUUUGGCUGUGACCCAUUGACCUCUGAGGAUGAGGAACAGAGCGGUUUGAGUGUGACCUGCGAUACUCAGGAGUUGGUACUAAACAUAAUUGCCGUAACCAAGAAGGAUGAAGGGUGGUACUGGUGUGGAGUAAGAAAAUUAGGGAGGUUUGGUGAGAGCCUGCCAGUUCGCCUGAUCGUUGGGGAAGCAGAGGAAAAAGAAAUCAACACAGCUGUCCGUGAUGAGAACAUUAUUCCAAAUGGCCAGUCAAGAGACGCUAAACGAGGCAUAGUUUCUUCCAGUUCCGAGGACUUGGAGAAGACCAAUUCCAGCUCAGUUCUUGCUGUCAGUUUAUCCAUAUGUGUUGCUGUUCUGGUGGCUUUAGCUAUAUUCAUUAUUGUUAGACUAAGAAAGAGGAAACAUACAGAACUGGUAUCUGUUGGAAGCUAUAGGACGGAUAUAAGCAUGACUGACUUUGACAAAUGUUCAAACAUUGGCAAGGAUAAUCUAGUAGCCGAUGAUGCACAGGAGACAGAUAUCAGUGCCGUCCAGGAUGGACCAAAGACAAACAAAAGGGCAUCCUCCAAGGAAGAGCUAAGUUAUUCUUCGUUCCUGAUUUACCAUGAUGAGAAACCAAAUGAUGACACAGAAUAA